CGACGCCAGACGCCAGCCAUCCUCUUCUCUCGGCCUCAUCCAUCACACUCUCUGCACGGCACUCUCACCUCAUCGCGCAGCUCGCAUGGCCUCUCUUGCGGCGCCCUCUGCCUCUGCCGCGAGUGGCAGCGGCAGCAGCAGCAGCAGCAGUGCCGAUGCUCUCCUGCAUCUCCUCCUGCCCGACGCCCCUCCCAGCGCCUCGGCCUCCUCCUAUCUCGCCUCCUUGACCACACUGCCGCUCAGCACGCUCCUCUCUCAGCCCGCCCUGCUCUCCUCGACGCACUCUUCCCUCGAUGCCCAGCUCUCCAGCCUGCUCCAUCGCCAUCUUCCCUCGCUGCUCUCCGUGCAUUCCGCCUCUCUCGCCGUCGACACACGCUCCGAGCAGCUCUCUUCGCGCGCAGCAUCGCUGCUGCAGGAAGCCAUUCCCUCGCUCGAGCGCUCGCUCGCAGGCUUCAGCGCCGCCUCCUCGGGCGCCGUCGGUGCGCGCAAGCGAGCACUGGAGCUGCAGCGCCAGCGCUCUCGGCGCCUCGCAGCGCUGCUCGAUGCCCCUGCAUUGCUGCAGGAAUGCAUCGCGGCAGGUCUCACCUCCGAAGCGCUGGCACUCGCAGAGCAUCUUGCUUCCCUGGCCAGUGACGCCUCGUGGGGAGACGGAGCAGUGCUGCAAACGCUGCAUGCUCACACCGCAAGCAGUCUCUUCGCACUGCGAGGCACGCUUCUCACGCACGUCGAGACGCCCACGCUGCGCGCGCCAGCGCUCAAGGCGAGCAUUGAAGCACUGCGUCGCCUGGCUGCGAUUGCCCUUCCCGCCAAUCACGCCUCGCUCGAACUGCCGGAUGCAGAAGUGGCACUGCAUCUCCUGCGCUCGAGACAUGCUCACCUCAAGCGAUCGCUCGCAUCGCAGGCCGUCGACGCCACGCGAGAGCGUCUCGCCAUCUGGCGCGAUCAGAUUCUGGCGCUCCUCUCUCUCUAUCCUGCCCUCUUCGCAGCGCAGCACGAGCUGCUCUCCGCGUAUCUCGUGCAUGCCCAAGAUGUGCUCCACGCACAGAUCAUCGCUGGCAUCGAUCUCCUUUUGCGCUCCGCAAGCAACGCCGAAGAUGCAGCGUUUCAACUCUCAGCGCUGCAUUCUCAACUCUCCCACCUCGACUUGCAGUUGGAGCAACAUGGCGUACGACUCGAUCCUGCCGUCGCUGCUAACCUUGCGUCUGCACUGGCGCAGCUCUUCGCUCGACAUCUCCCCUCUUCCUCUUCAUCUCACGACACACCUCCGCUGCAUUAUCGUCUGGCACCAGCACUCGGCGUGCUGCGCCUCUUUGCGCCUCUGUCAGCAGCUGUUCGUCUGCGUUCGGCACUCGACGAGACCCUCCUCGCCGAACUCGAGACUUACCUCUCUCGCACGUCCACAUCCAUCACGCACGAAGCGCUUCCUGAACAAGUGGCGCAUCUACGACAGGCACGACUGGACGCCGCGUGGGCGAGAAGCACGCUGGCGACGUACUUUGGCGCAGCCGAGGCUCAGACUGAGGAGGCAGAGAAGCUCAAAGCGGCACUGCGACGAUGCGAGGAGCGAGAGGAGGACAUGAGAGGCAGAUGGAGGGCGGAAGAGAGGCGAAGAGAAGAGGAAAGAGUCGAGAAGGAACGUCUUGAGAAGGAACGAGUGGAGCGGGAACGCGAGGAAGCCGAGCGCACGGAGGCCAAACGCGUGGAGACCGAGCGCGCGGAGGAAGAGCGGAUGGAGAGGGAACGAGUGGAGAGGCUUGAGCAAGAACGCCUGGACAAGGAGCGCGUGGAGAAGGAACAGCAAGAAGCAGAGGCACGACUUGAGGCGGAGCGCCUCGAGCAAGAGCGCCGAGAGACGGAGCGCAUCGAGAUGGAGCGCGUCGCCCGAGUUGAGGCUGACCGGCUUGAGGCGCAACGACAAGCGACUGCCCGGCUCGAGGCGCAACGACAAGAGCAGGAGCGGCAAGAGGAGGAGCGCAUGGAGAAGGAGCGCAGCGCGAAGCUCGAGGCGCAGCGCCUCGAGAAGCAGCAACAAGAAGCAGCACGCAUCGAGGCUGAGCGCCUCGAGGCCGAGCGUGUUGCGCUCGACAAGCAGCAGCGUGAGGCGGACGAAGCUGCUGAGGCCGAAGCUGAAGCUGCACGGGCUGAUGAAGUUGCAAGGGCUCGAGCUGCUCAGGAGGCCGAGGCAGCCGACGCCGCUGCCGUCGCCGUUGCUGCCGCGCAAGAAGAGGAGCGAGACGACGCGCGCGCGGCCGCUACGACUGCGGCUCCUGUGGAGGCUGGCCCAUCGAACGAAGUGCCCGCGGGAUCCUCUACCCCUCCGUCGGGCUCCGUCGUCCUCGAGCCUGCCGCGGCAGAGAGCGCUUCCCGCUCUGCGCCCGCCCAGGCCGCACACGGCGUUGCCGCACCUGACGCAGCGCCGCCAGAGGCAGCCUCGGCCUCAGCAGCGCCUGCAGUGCCUGCGCCGCCGCCGCCGCCGCCUCAGCCUCAGCCGGACGCAGCAACGCCGCGCAAACUGUCGCUGGCGGAAAAGUUGCGCGCCAGAAAGGAGGCUCGGGAGCGCGAGGCGGCGGCGGCGGCGGCUGCCGCCGUCGUCACUGCAUCUGCCCCUCUUCCUGAGGAGCAACGUGCGGACUCGGCGCAGCUCGCGCCAGAGGAGGCGAGCGCGCAGGUUGAGCCUGUGCGACAAGAGGCUGCAGCGACGCACGCACAACAGUCUUCUGAGCCCGUCGAGGCCGCCAAGUCCGCCGCCGUCGGCGCCGUCGAAGCUGCUGCUCCUCCGCUUGCGCCGCCCCCAGCUGCCACGCCAUCGUCAACGCAUGACGCCGCCGCCGCCGCCUCGCCGCACGACGACGUUGCGCCGGCUCAAGCCGCAGCGGCCCAGACGAAGGAAGCAUCACCCGCUUCUUCUUCGGCGGCGGCCGACGAGGCGGCGCAGAGCAUCGACGAGGCAGCGCCGUCCGACGACACCAUCGCAUCAGCUGCGCCAUCGGCCGCGCCCUCUGCCGCCACUUCCGACGCCGAGGCAGAGGAGGGCGAUCGCACGCUGCAGCCUGCUACAGCUGCGCCGUCGAAGAAGAAGGGCAAGAAGAAGAAGGGCAAGAAGGGCAAGUGACCGGUCGGCGAGGGAGGGGGGGUGUGUCAGGAGAAGAAACGAUACCACCGUGUUUGCGUC